AUGUCUACUAUCAACACUGGUAUUAACGGUUUCGGUCGCAUUGGCCGUAUUGUCUUGCGUGCCUCUCUCGAAAAUCCCAAGGUCAAGGUCGUCGCUAUCAAUGACCCCUUCAUUAAUCUCGAAUACAUGGUCUACAUGUUCAAGUAUGAUUCCACUCACGGCCGAUUCAAGGGCACUGUCGAACACAAGGACGGUAAACUGGUAGUCAAUGGCCACGAAAUUGCGGUUCAUGCCGAACGCGAUCCAGCUCAAAUCCCUUGGGGUUCUCAUGGUGCUGAUUACGUUAUCGAAUCGACUGGUGUAUUCACUACCAAGGACUCUGCUUCUGCUCAUCUCAAAGGUGGGGCGAAAAAGGUUAUCAUUUCAGCCCCCUCUGCGGAUGCCCCUAUGUUUGUUGUAGGCGUAAAUCUUGACAAGUAUACGUCUGAUCUCACUGUCAUCUCAAACGCCUCAUGUACCACGAAUUGUCUUGCUCCUUUGGCUAAAGUCAUUCAUGAUGAAUAUGGUAUCUUGGAAGGUCUAAUGACAACUGUUCAUGCUACUACUGCUACUCAAAAAACGGUCGAUGGUCCAUCCAACAAAGACUGGAGAGGUGGCCGUGGUGCUGGUGCGAACAUUAUUCCUUCUUCUACUGGCGCAGCGAAAGCUGUUGGUAAGGUUAUCCCUGAACUCAAUGGAAAACUCACUGGCAUGGCUUUCAGAGUACCUACCCCUGAUGUUUCUGUGGUUGAUCUAACUGUGCGACUGGAAAAGCCCGCAUCGUAUGAUGAAAUCAAAGCUACCAUCAAGAAGGCUUCUGAAAGUAAGGAACUCAAGGGUAUCCUAGGAUACACGGAGGACCAAGUGGUAUCAACAGAUUUUGUGGGUGCUUCUGAGUCGAGUAUCUUUGAUGCGAAGGCUGGUAUUCAGCUAUCUCCAACGUUUGUCAAGCUCAUCAGUUGGUAUGAUAAUGAAUUUGGCUAUUCAACAAGAGUGGUUGAUCUAUUGACCUACGUUGCUGGUAAAGAUGGUGCUCUGUAA